AUGGAGCAACAUGUGACUCAUGUUCGGGAGCAUUUAGUGGCAGCACGGGAUAGAUGGAAGAAGUACGCAGAUGCUCAUCGUGCAGAUUCACAAUUUUGUAUAGGAGAUAAGGUGUUCUUGAGCAUACAUCCACGUAAGAGUCUUAUCCGUUAUGGAAAAGGCUCUAAACUGGCGCCACAUUUGGUUGUUUUGUUUGAGGUUUUGGAAAGGAUUGAUCCCGUAGCUUACCAUUUAGCAUUACCUCUCAGCUUGUCUCACACCCAAAAUGUAUUUCAUGUAUCAGUUUUGAGGCCUUAUUUUCCAGAUGUGACACAUGUAUUGGAUUGGAAUUCUUUGCAAGUAGAGGACGAGCAACUUUCUUUGGAGCCCAUGCACAUUCUAUAG